UGGGCACCGCCUCUGGGACCCAUGCCGCCCUCCAUCUCGGCCUUCCAGGCCGCGUAUAUUGGCAUCGAGGUGCUCAUCGCCCUGGUCUCCGUGCCUGGGAACGUGCUGGUGAUCUGGGCAGUGAAGGUGAACCAGGCACUGCGGGAUGCCACGUUCUGCUUCAUCGUGUCCCUGGCAGUGGCUGAUGUGGCAGUGGGCGCUCUGGUCAUCCCACUUGCCAUCCUCAUCAACAUUGGGCCACAGACCUACUUCCACACCUGCCUCAUGGUCGCCUGCCCUGUCCUCAUCCUCACUCAGAGCUCCAUCUUGGCCCUGCUGGCAAUUGCUGUCGACCGCUACCUCCGUGUCAAGAUCCCACUCAGGUACAAGACAGUGGUGACUCCCCGAAGGGCUGUGGUGGCCAUCGUUGGCUGCUGGAUUCUCUCCUUUGUGGUGGGCUUGACACCUAUGUUCGGCUGGAACAACCUGAGUGCAGUGGAGCGGGCCUGGGUGGCCAAUGGCAGUGUAGGUGAGCCCGUGAUCAAGUGCCAGUUUGAGAAGGUCAUCAGCAUGGAGUAUAUGGUCUACUUCAACUUCUUUGUCUGGGUGCUGCCCCCACUGCUGCUCAUGGUCCUCAUCUACCUGGAGGUCUUCUACCUGAUCCGCAAGCAGCUCAACAAGAAGGUGUCCGCAUCCUCUGGCGACCCGCAGAAGUACUAUGGGAAGGAGCUGAAGAUUGCCAAGUCGCUGGCCCUCAUCCUCUUCCUCUUCGCCCUCAGCUGGCUUCCCCUACAUAUCCUUAACUGCAUCACCCUCUUCUGCCCUUCCUGCCAUAAGCCGAGGCUCCUCAUGUACAUCGCCAUCUUCCUCACACAUGGUAACUCGGCCAUGAAUCCCAUCGUCUAUGCCUUCCGCAUCCAGAAGUUUCGGGUUACCUUCCUUAAGAUUUGGAAUGACCACUUCCGCUGCCAACCUGCACCCCCCAUUGAUGAGGAUCCUCCAGAAGAGAGGCCCAAUGACUAGACUCCACCUCCUGCUCCCACCUGCCCACAUCUGGGGCAUCUCAGCCCAGUCCUCACCUCCCUACUGUCCCGCUUGUCUCCCUUGUCUCCCUGACUCUUCCCUACUGGGCAUUGGGCUGUGAGUGCCCGGCACCUCGAGGUCCUGGAGGAGUUUUGGGAGGGCAACCCAUGGGGAAAGAACCAGGUAACCUGAGGGGAGGAGGAAAGCGGCUUGAGCCUCCCCACCUGCCUGACCAACCCACAGGCAGCCCAGCGCAUCAGGCUGAGUGGGACCUGGGGACACUGAGACUGCCAAGGGGCCAUGUGGGCCAGGAGGGCAAGCUCAGGUCCCAUGGCGGGCAGGGAGGGGAGUCUGCUUGUCUUAGGUGGUAGUGGUGCAGCCCUGGGACCAAGCUUAAGGAGAGGAGAAUAUCCCCGCCAAGAUGGAGGGAAGGAGAGAAACUAGAUGUCCUGGCCUUGUUUUCUCUCCUGUUCUGUAGCAGAAGGUGACCAGAGCC